GAUAUAAGUCGGAUAUUUAACACACUGGUAGAAGAAUUUUGAGUCGAGAAAACUUACAUUAUGAUGAAAGUGUGUUUCGUAGUAGCCUUUUUUAUUGUGUCUGGUUGUGUGGCACUUCCAACAAAUGGAGCGCCAAAUCCAUCUUCUGCCGAUAUGACCAAAAAAGCAACGGUAGUGUCGUCUCAAACUAACGAUAUGACAACAGUAGUAACAACAGAACCACAACAGACAACAAAACCACAACAGAUGACAACAAAUAGUCAAACUACAGUCAACCCCGUCACCUCAAUGUCAAUGACAACAGAGUCAAUGAUGACAAAUAAUACUAUGCCACCUAGCUCAGAAACCACUGCCAGUCAAAUGUCUACACAAUCCUCUAACACUUCUACUGUUACAAUGAUGACAGACGAACCAUCAAACAUGACGUCUGCUGGACCAAUGACAACGAUGCCGGCUGCUGUGACCACAGCGGGAAAGGUGACGGCGCACCAUCCAACAACACAUACACCGAAACCAACCACACAAAAACCAGAGACAACAACCAAAAAAUCUAAAUUUCAAGGAGGAACGUUUGUCGGAGGAAUGUUUUUGGGAAUAGCACUGGCGUGCAUUAUAACAGCUAUUGUAUACUUUCUUAAAUGUAAAAAUCAAAGCUAUGGGAAAGUCAAUUAAAAUCCAACAAGUUUAUUCAUCUUAUAGAUGUUAUACCGAAUUUCUAGUCAUGAAUAUAGGAUUAAGAAUAAUUUAAAAUAUAUUUUGAAGUACGAAUAUUUGUUUAAGAUGGCACAGUAGAUCUGUAACCAUAAUGAACAUAUCUUUUGACUUUGUCGUUGAUCGACGUAGUUGUACAAAAUUGCUUAUAAUGUGUAUUCGUGGUGUUAGUGUUGUUUAUGAUAUAAGAUGCAUUAAAUUAAAAUGGUUUCAAAAUAA